AUGUCAACAGCGGACGAAGUGGAUUUGAGUACUCAGGCGGGGUCUUCUUCUUCGGUCAUCAAAACGGGGAAAAGGCAUAAGAAAGAACGUACUGAGCAGGCGCAACAAUUGGACGACGAAAUACCAAAAAAGAAACGUCAGACAGAAAUUCCAGACUUACUAGAGGUGGACCUCACAGCACCAGAACCAAAAAGUAAAGCUGAGCUUCGGGCAGCUAGAAAAAAAGCCAAACAUCAUGCCAAUGGGUCGAACGACGAAGAAGGGGCUGGAGCAGCGAAUGACGGAUCCAAGAAGAAGAGAUCCAAGAUUGUGGGUGAAGGGAAAGAUGAGAAGCAUACAGACAAGGAAGGAGGCAAGUUGAAGAAGCAAAAUUCGGUAUGGAUUGGGAACUUGUCUUUCCGCACUACGUUGGAAAGAUUGAAGGAAUUUUUCAAUAAGGGUGUGAAGGAAUUGGGAGGCUCAGAGGAAAGUGUGACCAGGGUGAAUAUGCCUACUAAACCUGGCCAUGGGGCUUUUGCUCAGAAUAAGGGGUUUGCGUAUGUCGAUUUUGUUUCUCCCGAGAGUCAAGCGUUAGCUGUAAGUUUGACGGAAAGAUUGGUGGAAGGUAGAAAAGUUUUGAUCAAGCUUGGUGAUGACUUCAAAGCCGAUCCUAAUGCUCGUACCCCCAAACCUCUCGUCAUCCCUGGUCUGGGCAAACAAACGAACCCCGAGAGCGCCACCCUGUUCGUCGGCAACCUCCCUUUCGACGCAACGGAGGAGGGUUUACGGGAUAUGAUCGAGGGCAACGCUUUGAUUCCUGAUCCUGCUACUACAGACAACCAGGAAGAUGAAGACGAGGACAUAGGGGAGAAACAAGGGAGGGGAGGAAAAAAUAGUGGGCUACGUAAAGUUCGUUUGGGAGCUUUUGAAGAUACAGGGAGAUGUAAAGGUUUCGCUUUCUUAGAUUUCAACACUGCCGCUUUUGCAACAAAAGCCCUACUAAACAAAAAGAACCGGUUUAUGGCAGGUCGUAAGCUUCAACUCGAGUACGCCUCCGAGGAAGCUUCCAAACGAUCGGGUACAGGACGGGUGAAUCCCAGCGAAGGAAAAGCAAGGGGUGGUGCGGUGAAGCGUAAGGUUGUGUCGAGAGAAGCUGGGCAUGAGAAAUCAGAGGACGAGGUAGAGACUAAGAUUGACAAGAGAGGUAAAAAGUGGGAAGCGGCUGGUCGACCGCGUCCUGGAGCAGCUUUAGCUAUGGCGAAAAGGGAGAACGUAUCUAUAGUUGUUGGUGCGCCGCAGAACGAGAAGAUUACAUUUGAAUGA